AUGGUACCAGAAAAUUACCCUCCGGACAGUCCUCUUGUCAUACAGGCAUUAGGGCACUGCCCGUGGAUCAAAUUCUUUUCUCCUCAGAUCCAUGGAGGGGCAUCUUCAGACAGCCAUGCAGCCUGCGUCAACCCUGGGGUGCUAACAAAUUAUUUGAUUGUGUGUCGUGGCAGGACUGCCUUUCACAACAACGUCAGCAUGGCUUACGAGUGCCUGAGUGCCAGAGGCAGGAGGAAGAAGCCAGGUGUCAAUGGGAGAAUCUACAGUGAGUUGCUCAGGAAGAUCUGCCAAGAUGGGGAAGCCCCCGAAGAGGUUGUUUCUUCUUUGCUGACGAAGAUCCAGUGCCGGGACCAUGAGGCGGUGCCUUUUGAUGUCUUCCGUUAUGGGGUGCUCAGCUGCGUUGUGCUGCUUGAGUUUGUGGCCAAGGCAGAUACUUUGUACGACGUACUUGAUGAUGGUUCUGGCGUGGCGGAUAAAAGGGUUUGCCAGGCGGUCCUGGGCACUCUGGAAGAUGCUCUGGGAGCCAGCGACUUCUCUGUGCCCAUCCGUUACUUGGAGGCCGGCUCCAAGCUGGGACCAGACUGUUUGGCUUUGGCCAUGGACAAAGCAUUGCUAGAGAGGAAGAUUUGCUCCUCCAUGAACAGGGAAGAGUUUCUAAAGAAAGCCACAGCCCUAUUCAUUGCAAAAGUAAAGCCCAUUGACUGACACUCUCCAGUGGGGACAACACUCCCUGUGUUCUGCUAGCGCUUCAAAUGGAGCAGAUUAUUCUGGGGAAACAUCAAAUCCUGGGACUUCAGGUGGCCAUAGUAGGCCACAGGGGGAGCAAGGUGGGCCUGCCAGUUCCUGUCCUUGCCUGAAGACCUCUGGAUCUACUUGACUAGAGAAUGCUUGUCUUAAAUUUCCUGUUCACCUCCUAAUCCCAUCCUGAACACCUUAAAUGCCAGCCACCUGUAGCAUUUGAUCUGCUGGCUUGUAUAGCCACAACUGAGAAUCUCCCUUUUUAAAAUGCCUGUUUAUUUUCACAAAAAGAACAGGAGUACUUGUGGCACCUUAGAGACUAAC